AUGGAGUACGAAAAUGAUGAUACUUGGCGAAGGUCUAAUUCACCGAAGGAGGUUUCAUGUCAUCCUAUACCAAAGAAGUCGACAACUACAGCAGUUAUCGUAUUGGGACUCGCUGUCCUAAGUUGUUUACUUGGCUAUUGUGUGCUUAGUGAAACACUGCCUUAUGAGUCGAAAACAUUACGUCUUGUUAUUAUUUUCUUUCGUCAUGGAGCUAGAACACCAGUAAAGUCAUACAAAAGUGACCCUUUUAAGAACUACCAAUGGCCCGAUGGACUUGGUAGUCUUACAAAUGCUGGUAAAUUACAACUAUAUGAAUUAGGCAAAAAAUAUCGUGCCUACUAUGCUAACUUCAUUCCCGAGGAAUACUAUGAAAAAGAUGUGUACAUAAAGAGCAGUGAUAAGUCAAGAUGUAUGAUGAGUGCAUACACUUUUCUUGCUGGUCUGUUUCCCCCUUCAGAGAGACAACAGUGGCAUCCUGAAAUAUUGUGGCAACCAAUACCAGUGCAUUCUUUACCAAGCCAACUUGAUAAUAUAGUAGCAGCUACAAAGCCUUGUAAAGCAUGGAAAGCAAUAUAUAAUGGGCUAUUAGAAAACGUAAAUUCAGAUCCAAAAUUCACUGAAGUCUUUGACUAUUUGAGCAAAUACACAAAUCAGAGUAUGCGUAGCAUUUUGGACGUAGAUUUUCUUUACAGUACAUUGCAAACACAGCAGGAGGCUGGCUUAAAGUUACCCGAGUGGACUAAGAAUGUAUUUCCACACAAAAUGAAAGUACCGUUCAUGCUAAGUUUAGCUCUACUUUCGUACAACUCGACUUUACAAAAGUUUCAUACUGGUCCCCUGCUCAAUGAGAUCAGGCAGUAUCUAAAAGAGAGUGUGAACCACGCUAACGUUGAUCGUUCCUUGUAUAUCUACUCGGGCCAUGAUGUGAAUGUAGUGUCAUUGUGGCGAGCUUUUGGUUUUGAAGAACUCUUGGAACCGGAGUAUGGAGCUAGUUUAACUAUUGAAUUGCACGAAGAGGUUGAACAGGACAGUUUCUUUAUCAGGUUAUUCUACCGGAACAACACGAAAGUCGAAGUACCGAUGGAACUCAAACUACCAUUUUGCAAUGAUCCGUGUACUUAUGAGAGGUUUAUAGAACAUCUGGACACGCUCAUACCAACUGAUUGGGAAGUCGAAUGUCAAAAUUAAUAUAAACAGUAGGUACCUACUUUACGUACUUAUAUGUUAGAUAAAAAUGUGUUAAGAUGUUAUUACUGUCAUUAAUUAAGAAGCAAGCAAGAAUGAGGAUAUUAUAAACAUUUGUCAAAAUUUCCAGGUUAUAAAAUAUUAAAGCAAUAUUUAUGUCAAAA